AUGCUUCAUCAAGUCGGCACUGUGCUGCUUUUUGCUGCCAGUGUUGUUGCUCAAAAUGUGACACGCUACGACUAUAUCAUUGUUGGGUCGGGUCCAGGAGGAGCGCCUCUGGCAGCGAACCUUGCUCGAGCUGGUCAUACCGUUGUUCUGCUUGAAGCCGGUGACGACCAGGCUAAUAACCCUAACAUCUCGAUCAUGAACAACUUCAACCUUGCGGCAAAUGAUGAAAAAGCUCGCUGGGACAUCUUCGUAAAACACUCUGAUGAUCCCGAAAGAGAAUUGAAGUAUGAACAUAUGGUGUGGCGGCAACCUGAUGGGCAGUUCUAUACUGGGUUGAAUCCCCCAGCUGGCUCGACCCAGUUAGGUAUCUGGUAUCCUCGUACAGGAACUCUGGGAGGUUGUGCGAUGCACAAUGCUGGCGUUUGUGCCCUUCCUUCUGACGAUGACUGGAACAUUAUUGUCAACACCACCGGUGACACAACAUGGAGCGCUGAGAACAUGCGCAAGUACUUUGUCAAGAUGGAGCAGAAUCAGUACCUCCCUAGUGGAACACCAGGUCAUGGUUUUGAUGGUUGGGUAUCUACAACUAUUGGAGACGUCAGCUGGACAAAUGGGACAAGUGACAUCAAGACCAUGGACCAGGAAGUCGUGAAGGCCGCUGGACAGGACCCGGCAAACAUACACGAACUAGCUUCCAAGGACAUGAAUGCAUUUGACCCCAACCGAGAUCAGGAUACUGGUAUCUUCAGCCUAGCUUCACAUGCCAAUACUCAGGGUAUCCGUACUGGCACGAACUCGUAUCUCAAGGCUACACUCGCUGAUGCCGCCAAUUAUCCCUUGACUAUUCAAGUAGACAGCCUUGUGACAAAGGUCCUUUUCAAUGACGACAUCGCGAAUCCUGCGGCCAUCGGCGUGGAGCUUCUUAGGGGAAAAUCACAGUACAGUGCUGACCCUAGGUACGACGCUUCCACUCAGGGCACAGUCGAACGAAUAUACGCCAACAAAGAAGUCAUCGUCGCAGGUGGCGCCUUCAACACACCGCAAAUCCUCAAACUCUCAGGCAUCGGGCCUGCAGAUGAGCUAAAGAAGUUCAAUAUUCCUGUCGUCAAGGACCUGCCCGGCGUCGGCGAGAAUCUCGCCGAUAACUACGAAGGCUACGUGCUCGGUCUCGCCGGCAAACCCCUCCAGGGACCUGGCGCUGCUCCCAUCUCGGUCAUGCUUAAGACGCCCACGUCUAGCACAGGCCAUCGCAACAUCUACGGGUGGUGCUCGUCAUUCUCAUUCGAGGGCUACUGGCCGGGGUUCCCAAACAACUACGGUCCAGCUCAGUACGAGUGCGCCUUCGUGCACAUGAAUCCAAAGUCGCAGGCCGGCUACGUCCGCCUGAAGUCGGCAGACCCCCGGGACACGCCCGAUAUCAACCUGCGCUUCUUCGAGCACGGCGAGGAACAGGACCUGCAGGAGAUGGCCGACGCCGUCAAGGUCUUCCGGCAGGUCUUCCACGGCGCCCCCGCGCCGCUGAGCCCCUUCAACGAGCUGCACCCCUGCCCAGGCAAGAACCAGAACUGCACCGACGACCAGCUCAAGCAGACGCUCAAGCUGCAGGCCCAUAGCCACCAUCCCACCAGCUCGUGCAAGAUUGGGCCGGCUUCGGACAGCUUGGCGGUUCUGGAUAGCAAGUUCAGGGUACAUGGUGUCAAGAACCUGAGAGUCGUGGACGCGAGUGCAUUCCCCGUCGUGCCGGGAGCGUUCCCUGUCUGUCCUACCAUGAUGCUCGCGGAGAAGGCUAGUGAAGAUAUCUUGACUGGUGCUUAG